UUGUCCGCCAUUUUGACACGUGCAAGGGGUGUCUUUUGUCUCCAAACGAGUCGAUUUUAAGCUUACUUCAACUCUUAACCUACGCUGGGUAGUUUUGAUAGACAGAAAAAUAUGAUGGACCAAAGAAGCAGUGAGAUUCCUGUGGACGAGCUGCCAACUGUGCACCCUGGGAACGAGACAAGCUGCGGCGAGGACCCGGCAACAGACACGGGAGGACAGCAGGACAAGGAAGAGGACAUUCUAUCGGAGGAAGCGUACGGGGUAAACUCUGUCCAUCCUCCCGUACAGAGUCAAACAGGGCAGACGGACGGGCCUGUGGUGAAAGGUACUGUGGACAAACGCUACAAAUGUGACAAGUGUGACUAUUCUGCAUCACGGAAAGGCCAUUUAGACUCACACAUGGCUAAACACACUGGAGACAAACCCUACAUGUGUGGGGAGUGCGGAUACAGGACAGCUCACAAUUCGUAUCUUACUGUUCAUAUGAGAAAACAUACAGGUGAGAAACCUUACAAGUGUGACCAAUGCGACUAUUCUGCUUCACAGAAAGUUCAGUUAGAGCGACACGUGGCUAAACACACCGGAGACAAACCCUACAUGUGUGGGGAGUGUGGAUAUAGGACAGCUCACAGGCGUUGCCUAUCUGUACAUAUGAAAAAACAUACAGGUGAGAAACCCUACAAAUGUGACCAGUGUGACUAUUCUGCUGCACGAAAAGUUAGUUUAGAUCAGCACAUGACUAAACACACUGGAGACAAACUUUACAUGUGUGGGGAGUGUGGAUAUAGGACGGCUGUCAGCUGUAACAUAUCCAGGCACAUGAAAAAACAUACUGGUGAAAAACUCUACAAAUGUGACCUGUGUGACUAUUCUGCUGCAUAUAAAGUCAGUUUAGAUAUACACAUGGCUAAACACACUGGAAAGGAACCCUACAUGUGUGGGGAGUGUGGAUACAAGACAGCUGCCAGGUCUCACCUAUCCAGGCAUAUGAGAAAACACACAGGUGAGAAACCCCACAAAUGUGACCAGUGUGACUAUUCUGCUGCAGAGAAAUAUGACUUGGACAAACACUUGUUCAAACAUACCGAAGAGGCACCCCACAUCUGUGGGGAGUGCGGAUACAGGACAGCUUCCAGGUCUUACCUAACAGUGCAUAUGAGAAAGCAUACAGGUGAGAAACCGUACAAAUGUGAUCAGUGUAACUUUUCCUCUGCGUAUAAGAGGUCUUUACAACGACACACAGCUACGCAUGGUGGUGAGAAGCCCUAAAUCUGUGACCAGUGCGACUACGCUGCUGCCGAAACAUGGCUAAACACACUGGUAACAGGUCAGCUCAGAGCAGUAACCCUUCCAUACAUAUGGGAAGGCCUUCGGGUAAAGAACCUACAAGUGUGACCACUGUGGAUAUAUUCCACAUCACGGAAAAUAAAUUUAGUUCGACACAUAGAAAAGAACACUGGUGAAACG